CCUUUCGACACAGAACUACCGAGUGAAAUAUGGAGGCCGGCGCUGGUGCCAUUGAAAAACUCAGAGCGAAGUGCUUGCAAAGAGGUGCUUCCGGCAUCAAGGGACUGGCCAGGUUUUUCCGCAUUAUGGACGAUGACAGGAGCAAGUCUUUGGACCUGGAAGAAUUUCUGAAGGGUCUCCAGGAUGUCGGGGUCCCUCUGGAACGAGGCGAAGUAGAGGAGAUUUUCAAGCUGUGCGAUAAGAACCGGAGUGGCACCCUGGACUUUAAUGAGUUCUUGGAGGCCCUGCGGCCUCCCAUGUCCAAAGCCCGGAAGGACAUCAUCGGAGCCGCCUUCCGGAAACUGGACCGCACCGGCGAUGGGCUGGUGACCGUGGAGGACCUGCGGGGCGUCUACAACAGCCAGUCUCACCCCAAGUUCAAGAGUGGUGAAUGGACGGAGGACCAGGUCUUCCGGGCCUUCCUGGACAGCUUUGACUCUCCUGAUGACAAAGAUGGGAAGAUCACGGCUGAAGAAUUCCUGAACUACUACAGCGGCGUCAGCGCCUCCAUCGACAGCGACGGGUAUUUCGUGGACAUGAUGAAGGCGGCCUGGAAGGUGUAGGGGCCAGGAGGAUACCCACCUCCCUCCCACCUGGCAAAGCUUAGAUUAAAUUGCAUGCCAGGCUGGGGUUCGAAGUGAGCCGGGCGCAGGACAUCGUCCGACGAGGACUUAACCUCCACACCCACGGCGCAACGCAAUGGCAAAGGUUUUCAAUCCGCCCUUCCAGUUCCUUCAAUCUCUGCAAGUAGAAAGCUAGCGCGCGCAGCAUAAAGGAAGGUUGCUCCUCUGC